CGCAACGGUGGAGCGAACCGGCUGGUUAGAUGUAAGAACUGGGUUCAUCAAGAAACUGUGGCGGGAGAUCUCCGGAAAAUGUAUCGGAAAGCUAUAAUCUUCCUCACUUUCUUUGUAAUCUUCUUCAUUUCUUGUUAUGUAAUCGUCGGAAGCGUCGACAUCAGAUCAUACUUCUUCCCUCUGCUUCAAUCUCAGCCAAUUUCCUCCUCCCCCUGCGCCGCCGAGCCUCCUCUCAGAGUCUACAUGUACGACCUUCCGCGUCGCUUCAAUGUCGGGAUACUCAAUCGCCGGAACUUGGACCAGACUCCGGUGACCGCCUCCACUUGGCCGCCGUGGCCCAGAAACUCGGGGUUGAAGAGGCAGCAUAGUGUGGAGUACUGGAUGAUGGGUUCGCUUUUACACGAAGAUAGCGGCGAUGGGAGAGACGCGGUUAGAGUUAUGGAUCCGGAGAAUGCCGAUGCUUUCUUUGUGCCGUUUUUCUCUUCAUUGAGUUUCAAUUCACAUGGACGCAACAUGACCGAUCCGGCUACGGAGGUUGAUCACCAAUUGCAGAUUGACCUUGUGAAAUUCUUGAGUGAAUCAAAGUAUUGGCAGAGGUCUAAGGGCAGAGACCAUGUCAUUCCCAUGACACAUCCUAAUGCUUUCAGAUUUCUCCGAGAGCAGAUGAAUGCCUCAAUUCAAAUUGUAGUGGAUUUUGGCCGCUAUCCAAAAGCCAUGUCAAAUUUGGGCAAAGACGUGGUAGCACCAUAUGUGCAUGUGGUGAGUUCUUUCAUAGACGACAACCCUCCAGACCCGUUCGUGUCUCGCAAAACACUGCUCUUCUUUCAGGGAAAGACGUUCAGAAAAGAUGAUGGCAUUAUUCGCGUCAAACUGGCAAAGAUAUUAAAUGGUUAUGACGAUGUUCACUACGAACGUAGUGCUGCAACAGAGAAAAGCAUAAAAACGUCUUCUCAAGGGAUGCGUUCAUCCAAGUUCUGUCUGCAUCCCGCAGGAGACACUCCAUCAUCUUGUCGGCUCUUUGAUGCAAUUGUGAGCCACUGUGUUCCUGUUAUCGUAAGUGAUCAAAUCGAGCUGCCAUUUGAGGAUGAAAUCGACUACACUCAAUUCUCAUUGUUUUUCUCCUUCGAAGAGGCGCUACAACCAGGAUACAUGGUUGAUAAACUCCGGCAAUUUCCUAAAGACAGAUGGAUUGAAAUGUGGAAACAACUGAAGGAAAUCUCCCAUCACUAUGAAUUUCAGUACCCUCCUGAAAAGGAAGAUGCUGUGAACAUGUUGUGGAGACAGGUGAAGCACAAGCUUCCCCAGGUCAAACUCGCCGUUCACAGAGGCAGACGCUUGAAAGUUCCGGACUGGUGGCGAAGAAGAUGAAGACUAGAGCUUUUUUUUCCCGGUUGAGCAUCUCUAAACUCUCACUUUUCUAACGAUUCACAGUAAAUCAUCAUAUUUCCACAUCUGUCUUCUGCUGAUUUCAAUAAUCUUCCUCAUCUCCAGCAUUGUUUGAUACCAAAUUAGGUAUUAGUCACUGUUAUAGUUUCAGAUCAUGGAGGCUUGUACAGACAUGUUGAGAAAUUUUUGGCCUUUUUUUUUCACUUUUCUUUCUGCUGGAUAUCUGUAAUAGGGAAAUUUUUGUAUUUUCAUUGCUUGGAUCAUGUCAUUGUCCUAAGAUCCAAAAUGGUUAUAGAUAUUGUAUUCUUGCAGUUAUACAUAGUCAAUUGGAAUCUUCUGCUUAGGUACAAAA